AUUUGGUGUCUUUUUCUUCAGAAUCUCAACCAAACAAACUUGACUAACUUUUUCAUUAUUGAACGUCACAAGGAAACUGAGUUUGUGUUGAAAAGACAAACGAAUCACUUAAUCUCCACCUGAUUAACAGUCAAAGAUAAUUAGACACUUGUCCUUGUCCUGCCGUCUGUCUCUAAGGAUCAGACAAGUAGAGUUGGGACCGACACAACUCCCAUAUUGGAUACCGAUCCACAUACUGGUCCAGAGUCUGGUGGUUUAAUCAAUGUGUAAUAAUGUAGCACUGAUUUAUUAAACAACGACCACAAACUCGCCCAUUGGUUUGUGGAGUACCGUUGGAAGUGCCAUUAACCUUCAACCACCCUGUGAAUCCUUCACCACCUCACAAUGUCUUAACUGCACUUUGAUCAGUGGUUGUUUCCUGAGCAAAACGUUGAGCCUUACGGCGCCAAAAGUGGAAACAUCUCACAUUGACCAAAUUAUUUUAUUCUGUGUUCCUUCCAUUUUUUUAUUAAUUAUAAACUAUAUUUUUGUCAUUAGUCGACCUUCAGGAACGUGAACUAGAACCGUUCAGUACCAGAGUUUAAUGUUAGAACUGUUCAGUCUGGGUCUCCAGCUGUUACACUGAUGGAUGCUAACCUGCAUAUGUUGGACAAUUAGCAUCAUUAGCAACAUUAGCAUUAAUAAUCAGCUAUAUGGAUGAUAUCUCAGCAGCUGAUUGGCUGAUUGGGACAAUAUAGGAGGUUUUGGGGUUAUUGAGGACUCUGGAUCCAUUUCUGACAUUUCAAAAUACAAAAUGGACGUUUAAAUCAGAAGUGGAAAUAUUUCAGCUCCCAGUGGCUGAUUGUGAUUCAUUGUGAGGUUAUUGAUUGGUUUACUAUAUUGGGCUGCCUGAAACAGUGAAUGUUUGUCUGUGGUUCAGUCUGUAGUUUCUAUCUUCCUGUCAUAUUGAACUCACACUGACUCUGUGUGUCUGAAGUGUUGAUGUUGGGCCGUUGAGUCGGAGGACGUUUGAGGACAUUGUGUGUCUGUUUCUGUGGACUGACAGUGGACAACAUGGAAGACGAGUCUCCUGCAGGAAAGGCAGCUCUGCGCAGCCAGCAGCCAAUCAGAUCGCCCGGGCCGGGAGCGGGGCGCAGGGAGCCGAGACAGACCGAGUGACAGCGUCUGAUUCCCGGGGAAGAACAUCACGGAGCUCCCGUGGAAAGGAACCCUGCAAACACAGCCAAGAUGCCGAACAAAACCAAGAAGGAGAAGGAAUCAACCAAAUCUGCCAAAAGCAGCAUGAAGAACAGUAACAGCGGCGGCGGGAAGGACGCCGCGGCCGAGAACUCGGACGAGUCCCAGCAGCAGCAGAGCGGCAGUAAGCGUCCCAGUAAUAGCACGCCUCCUCCAACUCAGCUCAACAAGAUCAAAUACUCCGGAGGUCCUCAGCUGGUGAAGAAGGAGCGGCGCCAGAGCUCGUCCCGCUUCAGCCUGACCAAGAACAGAGAGCUGCAGAAACUACCUGCACUCAAAGAUGCGCCCCUGAUGGAGCGCGAGGAGCUGUUCGUCCAGAAGCUGCGUCAGUGCUGCGUCCUGUUCGACUUCGUCAGCGACCCGCUCAGCGACCUCAAAUACAAAGAGGUGAAGAGAGCCGGACUCAACGAGAUGGUCGAGUACAUCACGCACAACAGCGACGUGGUGACCGAGUCCAUCUACCCCGAGGCCGUCCUCAUGUUCUCAGUGAACCUGUUCCGGACUCUUCCUCCGUCCUCCAACCCGACCGGAGCCGAGUUCGAUCCCGAGGAGGACGAACCGACGCUGGAGGCUGCCUGGCCUCACCUGCAGCUGGUUUACGAGUUCUUCCUUCGCUUCCUGGAGUCUCCGGACUUUCAGCCAAACGUUGCCAAAAAAUACAUCGACCAAAAGUUUGUGAUGUCGCUGCUGGAGCUGUUUGACAGUGAGGAUCCCAGAGAGAGAGACUUCUUGAAGACCAUCCUGCACCGGAUCUACGGCAAGUUCCUCGGCCUCCGCGCCUACAUCCGCCGCCAGAUCAACAACAUCUUCUACAGAUUUAUCUACGAGACAGAACAUCACAACGGCAUCGCUGAGCUGCUGGAGAUACUGGGGAGUAUCAUCAAUGGAUUCGCUCUUCCACUGAAAGAAGAACAUAAGAUGUUUCUGAUCCGAGUUCUUCUGCCGCUUCAUAAAGUUAAAUCUCUCAGCGUCUACCACCCACAGCUGGCGUACUGUGUGGUCCAGUUCCUGGAGAAAGACAGCAGUCUAACAGAGCCGGUGAUCAUGGGUCUGCUGAAGUUCUGGCCGAAGACUCACAGUCCGAAGGAGGUGAUGUUCCUGAACGAGCUGGAGGAGAUUCUGGACGUCAUCGAGCCCUCAGAGUUCGUUAAAGUCCAGGAGCCGCUCUUCAGGCAGCUCGCCAAGUGUGUGUCCAGCCCACAUUUCCAGGUGGCAGAGAGAGCUCUGUAUUACUGGAACAACGAGUACAUCAUGAGUCUGAUCAGUGACAACGCUGCAAAGAUUCUCCCCAUCAUGUUUCCUGCUCUCUACAAGAACUCUAAGAGCCACUGGAACAAGACGAUCCACGGAUUGAUCUACAACGCUCUCAAACUCUUUAUGGAGAUGAACCAGAAACUGUUUGAUGACUGCACACAGCAGUACAAGGCUGAGAAACAAAAGGAGAAAUACAAACUGAAGGAGAGAGAGGAGAUCUGGCACAAGAUAGAGGAGCUGGCCAGACAGAACCCACAGAGCAAUAAGCUCCACCCCCUCCGCCCCGGGCUCCACCCACAGGAAGAGUACAUGCUGUACAGCGACAGUACCACUGUGGCUGUGUACUCCAUGGAGACCGAGACUCCAACGGCCGAAGACAUCCAGCUGCUGAAGAAGACCGUGGAGAGCGAGGCCUCACAGGGUAUGAAGGACCUGAAGAAGGACAAGGUCCUGAUGAGGAGGAAGUCUGAGCUGCCGCAGGACGUCUACACCAUCAAAGCUCUGGAGGCUCACAAGAGAGCCGAGGAGUACCUGACAGCCAAUCAGGAGGCUCUCUGACCGGGGGGGGCGGUCCCUCCUGAGCCCGACUCCGCCCCCCCCUCCUGGAGGAGGAGAAUUUGGUCUGGGGUCAGAUCGGGACGGAGCUGACGCUGCGUUCAACAACAAAACAGAAAAAACCCCUCUGACCUCUGACCCCUGACCCCUGCUGGCCCAUGAGUCAGCAGUCAUGUGACAAUGACAUCAUCAGCUUAAUGUUGCACGUUCAUUCCAACACCUGCUGCCGGAGGGUCCCUGAACACACCACCAUUACAGGAAGUGAAGCUGGUUCUGGUUCUGGUUCUGGCUCUGGCUCUGGUUCUGGUUCUGGCUCUGGCUCUGGCUCUGGCUCUGGUUCUGGUUCUGGCUCUGGUUCUGGUUCUGGCUCUGGCUCUGGCUCUGGUUCUGGCUCUGGUUCUGGCUCUGGUUCUGGCUCUGGUUCUGGUUCUGGUUCUGGCUCUGGCUCUGGCUCUGGCUCUGGUUCUGGUCCACAGUAAAACCGGUCCUCUCCGCUGACGCUCUGUGCAGCAGGAAGUUUCUCAUCGUAAAUAACCGCGGCAGCAGAACCAGGUCCAGGUCCUGAGGCGGUCCAGAGGGACGUACUAUGUGUAAGCGUUAUAUAGCAGCGAUAGAGUAACAGCCUGAUCCAUAAUGAAUAUUGAUUAUCUGCUGAUCUGUCCCAACUCGUCCUUAUUAGGACCGGAACCACUGCAGCCGGUCCCGAACGCACAGUGGAACGUUCUCAGCGUUCAGUCUAACGGCGUGUUCGUGUCCAGCGCCGCACCAACUCCAGGUCGGCCAUCGGAUUCUGUCGCUGCGAUCUGAAGACCGUCGGGAUUAAACAAAGGAUCGGGAUUCACGUAGCCAGUAUUGAUCAGAGAUGAAUCAGCAUCGAUAUUGAUCCCUGAGACAGACGACCUCAUCGAUACCGUCAAUACAGGAAGUGAACGCGGCGGUUUGCACUACACUGCUUACGCCGCCGCGUUCAGGGACAUCACUGACGUACGACAUUUAAACUCCGUUACCAUGGCGACUGGGUUUAAAGACACUUUGGUGACGUUACUUCCAAGCACGAAGUGGACACGUUUGUCCUGUGGCACCUGAACGCAGCACAGAUGAGAUUCACUACAGAGCCCCGCCCCCUUCACCUGACCUGACCAAUCACCUGUCGGCACAGAUCUGUGGCGGGCUGACGAGGAGGAGACGUCCAAUCAGCAUCCAGAAGAAACGUUUUACUUCCUGUUUGUGUUUGUUUGUCCGCUGUGACGUCAUCGACUUUAAACCAAUGAGAGAAGUCGUCCUUCGUUGUAGAACAAAAGCUGUAAUCUGAACUCGUCAGGUCAAAGGUCAAACACGAUGAUGUGUUCAGGAAUUGUGGGAAUUAUGCAAUCUGUAAAAGAAGCUUCAGAUCUGAAUUCAGAUUCAGUGAGUCGUUUUUAUUUAAUGUAAUAAUUCAUUAGUUUCUUUACACAGAGGCUUUUAUUGUGAAGGAAACUGCAGGAAAUGAGUCAAAAUCGACCCGGGGACGCUGUGAUCGUGGGUCCUGUAUCUGAACCACUUCCUGUGCUGGGACCGAGCACACAGUCCCUGAACUCGUCACAGCUAACGACGAACGUCGUAACAAACACUAACGUAGGCCUGAGCUUUACCUCGCCAAAAUAAAAGCUGGUGAGCAGAAUAAAAAUGGAGAUAUCGUUAAAAACACUAAUAUUCUUUCUGAUCUCCACCCUGCGGACUCCCAUGAUCCUCUGCUGCCUCGCGUUGUUGUGAACGGAUAAACACAAUAAAGAAAAGUUUCCUGAUGAGAACCAGCGAUGUGACGUUUAAUGUCUGCAGUAUUUCCCGGCUCUGAUCCAUUCGAGAGCAUUAACGUCUGUCUUUGUGAACAUUGAACGCGUCGCUGUUGGCGUUGAGCAAUAUGGUUGACACGUACACAAGCCCCUCCCCUUCUUACUUACCUUGUCAGCUGGUUUCCGUUGGGUUGAAUGUGGUCUUCUACUCGCUGUCCACCAGUGACCGUUCCAGUGGUCGGCUCGCCCCGCCCCACCUCUCGCCGCUGGACAAAAUGGCCGCCACAGCUCAGCUUUAUUUUAUGUUUGUGACUAAAAACUGACAAAACACAACUUUGGUUGAUUUGUAACCGAGGGUCGAUAUGGUUCCAGACGUUCAGACAGGAAGUGGGUUAUAGACCCACGUGUUCACACAUUAUCCUGUGUACUUUGUGUAGUUGGAGGACCCUCCAGCAGGGGGCAGAUCAGGUCUGAGCCAGAAUAUCUGGAACUUCUUCACAGCUUUAUUUUGUUGUCGUCGUGGUCGGACCUGAGCGAUGUUUGUCUGAUACACUAUCAGACUUUUACAUAUAAAUAUACGAAAUAAAGAAUGUUUCUGUCACCGACUUGUAAAGAAAGUCCUCACUAACUGAAUGUGACGUAGCUUCACUGCACCGUGAUUCAUAACAACAACAAUAAUCAUUUCACGUUCAUCCGGAGAAAUUAAAGUUCAGGAAGUGAGUUUAUAAAGCCUCAGAGGAGUAACGUCUGAUUCUGGAGGAAGAGUGAGGAAGCUCAGUCUCCGGUUGCUCCCUCAGAGUCCUCGAACGUCCUCAUAAAGUCUGUGUCUUAAUGACUCUGUAACCCGAGAGGAGCUGAAGAGGGUUCUCUUGUUUUUGUCCAGCGGCGACUCGACGUCGACACAAAGGUGAAACAUUUAGUGAAAGAACGCUGCUCCCCGUCAUCCUGUACAUACCUUUAAUUAGAGUAUUACAUAGUAUGAACUUUUGUACAGAUGUUCAUGUAUGUACAGAACAAAAUAAACAGAAAUAAAGUGGACAUGUUUGACAAUCA